AGGGCAGCUGCCAAACGGCCAUGGCAUUACCACUUUCCUUUCUAGGUGACCUUUGCCAGUCGCCCAUUUUGUAUACUUCUGGUUAGGGUUGUGUCAACUAUGUUCCCGAGCCAGAGGAUUCAAUGUUGCUGCAAACAGCUUUAGCGAUUUACCAGAAGUUUGAUUAACCGGCCAGCUGAUACUAUGGUUCUCGAAAUUCAACUAACUGACGUUGAUCUUGUUCAAGUGAUAUUUACAACAUGUGAUGAUCUAUCUGUACAAAAGCAACUUGCAUUGAUGUUAUGACAUCAACAGAUUUGUUUUGAUCUCGAUCCCAGCAUACCUAAUAGCGACUGCUUAACUGAGAUUAUGGAGAACAUUCCACUGAAUAACCACUUUUCGUCUAUUACUAGAGAACUGGACAACAUGUAGCCAAAGGCUUUGUUUCUUGAAGGUAUUCACAAGAGCCAUCUGGAGACUCAGAGUAAUAUGCUGGUGGUCCAUUUCUAUGUUUUAUUGUUAGUUAGAUGAGUUUAUUGGAAAGAUCGUGUUAUGGACCAUCCAAUGUUGAUUCAGCCAAGCAAAGUCUUGCAGCAUUAUUUGUGAAUGGAUUUCUUAAUUGUGCAUGUGGUCGAGAUAAGCUGUUAAUGGAUGAUGGAAGUAAAUGGAUGUACAAAAACAAGGAUUGUGAGUCUGGUCAUCAACAUAGUAGUGGUUCUGGUACAGCGAACUCUGGAAGUGAAGCCAGCACAAAACCUGUUCAGGACGCUACUCAUCAGGCGAUGGCUGUACUUGGGAUUGCUCUGAUUAUGGGUGGAGAAGAGAUAGAAGCUCAGAUCUUUUAUCCCUUUGUUGCAGUAUGGUGAACCGGUUAAUCGUCAAGCUGUUUCCUUGGCUCUGGGUUGUUGUCGACGUCUAAUUCUCAGCUGAAUGUUUUGGAUAUGUUGAACAAGUUGUGUCACGAUACUGAUGCCGAAGUGUCUCACAACGCUAUAUUUGGUCUUGGACUAGUCGGAGCAGGUACGUGCAAACAAUGCUCGACUUGCUGGUUUGCUUUGUCAGUUGGCCAUGUACUAUCACAAAGAUGCAAACAACUUGUUUAUGACCAGAAUGGCACAGAGUCUGACUCAAGCCGGGAAGGGAACAUUGACGAUGAAUCCUUAUCAUCAUUAUCGGGCUCUCAUGUCUCGUGUUGCUCUUGAUGGACUCCUGUCUGUGCUUGUUGCAUGUCUCGAUGUCAAGAAAAUGAUACUUGGUAAGAGCCAUCAUUAUCUUCUGUAUUACUUGGUGCGUGCCAUUCAACCUCGAAUGCUGGUCACACUUGAUGAAGAUUUGAAGUUGGUGUCAGUUACAGUGAGGGUUGGGCAGGCAGUUGAUGUUGUCGGUCAAGCAGGUAAACCAAAGACCAUCACCAGCUUUCCAAUUCAUUCGAUCCCCGUGUUAUUGGCAUAUGGGGUGAGGGCCGAGUUAGCUACCGAAGAAUGCAAGUUGCUUUUCUCAUUUAGAAUAUAUCAAGUCGACUCAUGGUUGUUGAUAUUGUUAGAUGUAUCGCUGAGCCUAAUUAUGCAAGGAUUGGUCAUUUUGAAGAAAGUUCAUGAAUCAUCUUAGAUCUAGAGAGAAUAAUGUAACUCAGAUAGACUGUAUGUGUGAAUUGUGCAUAUCAGUUGUGUGCAUUUUGGCUUUGCUGGGAUGCAGAGAAUUUUAGUAGAGAUAGUAAGAUGAUAAAUUUCUCUUGUGUACUGUAUCAGUCAGUGUAUGUGCUGUUAUCAAUUGCACACAGUUUACUGGUCUUGUUUGCUCUCUAGAGCUCUAAACUGAUAGUGUUUGCAUUGUUGCCAGAUGAUAAUUUAGCAGUGCUGCCAAUUUUGAUUACCAAUAUGAGUG